AUGCAUUUCAAUACUUGUGUCGAAUGCUGCACAGUAAUUUGCACAUAUUGCCACAAGCAACACGAGAACAAAACAUGCGCGGAGCACGAGGACGAAACCUCAGGAAACUGUGAGGAAACGCUGCAAUCGAUGAAGAAACUGGGGAUCAAGAGUUGUCCCAAGUUGUGGAGCACAUCUUUGUUGGGUGUACCUGCAAAUGUUUACGGAUUCCGGUUUAUGCUAUAA